UUUUGCGCUAACGAACGCCGUGGAAAAGGCAAAGAACGCGAAAAACUGACGCUCCUCGCGCCAAAGAGAAACCAAACUCCAGUUAAAUCGUUCAGCAAGUGCAGUUAACUAUAGCUAGAGAAAUAUGUCGGGUGCUGCGAGUCACACACAAUUGAUAAAGAUGCGUGCCAGCGCCGAGGCUGUGGCGUCUCUGGCCAGCAGCAACAAAGGAGCACAAAUGCAACAAGUGGCGUGCAGCAACAACAACAACAACAGCAGGAAUCUAUCAGCCAUUAUGGAGCAACUGCAGGUGGACUAUGGCAAAUACAAAUACACGGUCUAUCGCUGUGCCAGCAAAUUUCUGGCCCUACAAAAGAUCUUCCACACCGGCAAAAUACCAUACAAACUAGUGCUGGCCAUAUUGGAACGCCAUGGCAUGCCGGCAAGCAGUGGCAGCAAUCUCAAUCUGAUGGUGCCGCCCUUCCAGUUGACCUCGCUGCUGCACGACAUCUACUUUGCCUGCGAGAAGCUGGGCCACUUUACCAAGACCAGCAGCUACACGCUGGAGACGGCCACUGCACUGCUGGCGAACUUCUUCUGGAACAUCUACGAUCCGCAGCGACGACAUUCGAUCUCUCUGCUGGAGAUCAGGAUUACCUUCCUGCUGCUGUGCAAACUGUACAGCAGCGAGCACUUGGUCGGCGACUUCUUUGGCCUGCUGGUGGAGAGCAGGUCCCAGAGCGUGUCGCGGUUCGCCUUCGAGCAGCUGCUGAACACGCUCAGCAAAAUGCUCAGCUAUUUGGGGGAGGCCAAGGCCUAUGGUGUGCACAAUCUGCCACUGAUGAUGGAGCAGUGCUUUGCCCGUUGUCCGCACAAUGCCAGCGGAUUGGGGGAGCAGCAGUUCCACGGCCUGUGGACACCAACACAGACGCGCUUCCUCAUCUACGGCAAUCUGUUGGCUCUGAUCAAGCGUAUCGAGGAUACCGAGCAUUUGAUACACAGCAAUCCCUGCGCUGGCUGCCGGCUGGAGCACAUCAUUGGCAUUCGUUUCAAGUGCCAGGUGUGCCGCGAUUUGUCGCUUUGCUUGCCCUGCUUUGCGGCCGGCUUUGUGGGUGGCCGGCACGAGGCCUCGCAUCGCAUGUGCGAGGUUUUUGUGGAGGAUCAGCCGCCCCAGCGUUGGACUCGCUAUUUGGCUCGUCUCUGCGGAUGGAUUGUCCAUCCGCAGAAGACGCAACACGACAGCGCUGAGGAGGAGGAGCGACGCGGCUUCUGCAAUGCCCAGGAGAGUGCCAACGGCGGCAGUCUGGGGCAGCCAUCCACCGCCCCCGAACUGGCACCCAUACCCGCGGAGACGCGUAGUUUUCGCUGCAACUCCACCACAAAGCCACCAAUGAUGGAGCAGCAGCAACAGGCACAGCCGCAACAGCAACAGCAGCAGGAGCUCUGCUCGCUAACGGGCUUGGCCACAACCGCCAGUCAGGCCUCAAACCGAAUGCAAUCGAUAAUCGAUCGCCUGCAGCUGCAGAAUGCGAAACUGGAAACACAGCUGCAGAUGGUUUCCACAACGUCCAGUGCCCAGAUCUCAGAGUUUUUGAGUGCCCAUCAGAGUUUUCUGCUGCAGAUAAUUGAGGAUAUGCGUCAGCUAUCGCGGUCCUCCACAACAACAUCGCCUUCGGGGCCAUCAGCUCCUUUGAUCAGCUCCACUUUCCUGAACUCGAGCACACCCCAGCGACAACAGGCGUUCGAUAUGUAUGCGCCCGUGGGUGCCAAUCUGACACAUUCCAUUAAUGGCGCCGAGCUGAAUCGCAGCUAUCUGGAGGCCAACAAAUCGGACUAUUCUCUGAACGACAUUAGUCUGUGGUUCGAUCAGCGACGUUCCAGCGUACAGAAUGGUGUGGGAGCAGCUGCUCCCCAAUCGCUGCCCCUGCCACUGCCCCUUGGCGCUCUGCUCGAACAGCAUCCGGUUAAUGGGGAUGGCAGGGACACAGAGAUGGCAAAUUUUAAGCUGCUGCUGCACAAGGUCAAGGAGAUUGUCGAGGACUCCUAUAGCGACAAUGCCGAAUUGUCGGCGGCCACACAGAAUCUGGAGAAUGUGCUCGACAGCAUCAUCAAGACCGAGGAGCAUCAGCGGCGCAGCAGCACAUAAAAUUGUGACUUAAAUUCAUACGAUUUAUGGUACAUAUAUACUCGUAUAUAUAGGUAUAAUUAUAUGUUUUAUAUGUUUGUAAGCAAAACGAAUCCAUCCUGACACGAGAUCUAGAGAUCUUUAUACACUGUAAGGCUCUACACU